CUUGACAGAGACAGCAUCCUCACAGUAUUGUAUUCUCACAGGUAAGAGACUCCGUCUGUGUUAAAACUGGAACGUGGCUGUACCAACCAACUCACAUGUGCCAGGCCUCCCAGAUGACAGCCCCUAGUUGUAGCUAAAUGUUCAGGAAUAUUGCUCACCUGAGUGUCAUUUGUCUGUCAUUUUUAUUUUCCCAUAGUACAGCACUGAGUAUUAUAUCAGUGCUAUAUAAAUAACAUAACUUGCUGUUGGAUGCACUUUCUGUGAUUUACAUGUGCAUAGUAUGGAUUCAUGUCAAAUGUCAAUUUCUAAUUUAGUAUCUGCCUGUCCAGAUCAUAUCACCUUAAAUAUUACUAUCGUUGUAAAUCCAUAUUUAAAAUGUAUUUGUUGAAGCGGUGACUGCUGAUAAAAUGCAUUAAUACAUAGAAACAUAGAAUGUGACGGUAGAUAAGAACCAUUCGGCCCAUCUAGUCUGCCCAAUUUUCUAAAUACUUUCAUUAGUCCCUGGCCUUAUCUUAUAUCUAGGAUAGCCUUAUGCCUAUCCCACGCAUGCUUAAACUCCUUUACUGUGUUAACCUCUACCACUUCAGCUGGAAGGCUAUUCCAUGCAUCCACUACCCUCUCAGUAAAGUAAUACUUCCUGAUAUUAUUUUUAAACCUUUGUCCCUCUAAUUUAAGACUAUGUCCUCUUGUUGUGAUAGUUUUUCUUCUUUUAAAUAUAGUCUCCUCCUUUACUGUGCUGAUUCCCUUUAUGUAUUUCAAUAUUUCUAUUUUUAAUAGCAUAUUAAUAUAUAUUGUUAAAAGACUCCUGGGAUGAUUAGUCCUCAGCACCUGGAGCAUCAUGGGAGUAGUAAAACCCCUAUAAAUAUUGAAAAGAAAGACAAAUCUAUACAGCUUGUUGAAGAUAUUGAGAAUUCCAUUAUUAUCUGACGUGUCCUGAACGUCCUGGGAUGUUAUUACGACCUCGGCAAGUAUCCUGACUAUUCUUUGGUACGUUAAGUCCGGCCAUUCUAAGGCCCGGUAAUACGUUACCUAUUAGUCAUCUGUGUGACACAAUUCUGCGUUCUGGAUCAACUAUUAAUCCUGACACACAUACCAUAUGCCCAGUCUCUCUGACCAUCUUACAAGCUUACAGUCCUCAUCCCUUUUCUCUCUCACUAAUCACAAUCUCUGAGACUCAGAAGGGAAAUUGUAAGAGGCAAAUGAGAGGCUAAGAAUAUGUGAGAAAUAUGGGAUAAGAGGGACAAGGGUGAUACAAUCUGCAAAAAGCUAAAAAGAGAAACAAAGGGACGUAAGAAACACAAUUACAUGAGUAAGAGGGGGAAAAAGGGCGUUCGAGACAAGCAAGCGGAUACAAAAGGAUUAGGAGAGACAGACAAGAGGGGAUAAAAGAUAUGAGCAAAGAGGGAUGCUGAGGGGGCAGCGAAAUGCGUCUUCACCUGUGUAGUCAAAAUCCCUUGCACCAUCGGUGUUCUUUAACCAAAUCUGCUGAUUAUGGAUCUUCUACUGCAACCAUCACUCAGAAGGCAAGCAUUUGAGGGUAGAUGUCAGACACCUAUCAUGGCAUUGCCUCACACUAAUGCCAGUUUGCAAUCUGCAGCCGGUCGCAGUAUAUGCAGGAUUGUGUGUACAAUGGUGUGUGUAACGUGUACACACAAUGCAUUAACCCAUUAUACUUUAAACCUGAAAGGAAUGUUACAAGAUAAAGUUAAAACAGUGUUUACCAAGGCGGGGUGUUUCUGGACACACCCUGCAAGCUAUGUACACACCUAUGGUUAAAAGCUGUGUUGCUGAAUUGUGGGUUUUACGUUUUUUUAUUUUUUUUUAUUUUAGGUACACGGUUAGUUCUGUUAGGGAUGCAGAGCUGCCAUGUUUCUGGAUAUGUUAUAUAUACCAUUAGUAUGUAUUUAACAUGUAUAGCUUGGAGGAAAGACGAGACAGGUGGGAUAUGAUAGAAACAUUUAAAUACUAGAAUAAGCUAGUCCCCUAGGGGAACAAACCUGCAGGGGGUAACCCUCACUCAUGUGUGGUAAACAAGAAAGAAUGGCCCCUAGAGCUAGCCCUGGGGGUCAAGAUGUAGGAAGUCCCUGGGGAACCGUGUGAAUUUUAAUAAAACGUAACCUUUAAUGAUACAAGUUAAAAAAAUGAAAAUUGUAAAGCUUGCGAAAGACAAAUGAAAAGAUAAGAAGAAAGAAUAAAGACCGGCUGGAGAGGCCCGUUAAGCCAAUCCUAAAGUAAAGGGGUGCCCAAAAUGGCCCUUUAAUAGCGUACCAUGUAUUCAAAGGGUAUACCCUAUCAAAACGUCUGUAGCUCCUAAUAAGAGGCCGUGGCAAAUAGGACUGGAGUCCUAAAAGCCAGUGACAAAGCCCUGGUAUAUCAAAUAAAAAUCUGACGAAACAUUCAGGUGCCUACGGUGUAAAUCUCAUUAGCAUUUUAUGUAGUAACCCUGGUCGGCUUAUAAUGUCAAAAUAGAGAGAGCCACUCAGAGGAGAGCUAAAUAGUGACUAUGCCACUCAUAGAAGUGACUAAAAUAGAUGCUACUCCAGGAAGACGAAAAUCAAGUGCUAGCUAAAUCAGCGAUACAGUUUAUCUAAUAGCAGUGUCUGUUAAGUCAGUGGUACACUGUAUCUAAUCGCUAAUGAUACUUGUGGCAAAAGCCAUCGCCUACUACGUUGUAGUCUCAGGGCUGGAAUGUGAAAUAAGUGCAGCCUACGGCUGCCUAGCUGCUGAAUGAGAGACCAGUGUGUCAGAUGUACUGUUCAAAUCGCAGGCUGAUCCUCACCCAAAGGAAAAAAAAACCUUCUAAUCUACACGUGCAGCAGAGGAGAAACCGGAUAGCUCACUAUCCCAGAGAGUAGGUCAAGUCACGUAGACAUACAAAAAAGAAAAGAAAAGGCCUCUAAGGUCUGAGUGGACCUCUCAGUGUGUCUGGGUAAAACAUGGGGAGAAAUUAAUAAAUCCUAGAGAGGUGCUAUCACAGGUGGCAAACCCACAUACCUGCCCCCCAUUAUCCCCUACAAACCAAGGCCUAGGGGCCAUUCUUUCUUGUUUACCAAACAUUUAAAUACAUAAAGGGAAUCAACACAGUAAAGGAGGAGACUAUAUUUAAAAGAAGAAAAACUACCACAACAAGAGGACAUAGUCUUAAAUUAGAUGGACAAAGGUUUAAAAAUAAUAUCAGGAAGUAUUACUUUACUGAGAGGGUAGUGGAUGCAUGGAAUAGCCUUCCAGCUGAAGUGGUAGAGCUUAACACAGUAAAGGAGUUUAAGCAUGCGUGGGAUAGGGAUAAGGCUAUCCUAACUAUAAGAUAAGGCCAGGGACUAGAUGGGCCGAAUGGUUCUUAUCUGCCGUCACAUUCUAUGUUUCUAUGUAGCAAGCAAAAAAGACUCACCUAAUAAGCAUGCUAUGUAAUGUGUGGAUGCUGGUCAGCAAUGAAACACUCCCUCUAGUGGUUAAAAAGGAAUAGUACUGAAAUACACUGGUAAACACUCAAGUCAAACCUCAUAUAACAUAAUGGGGUAAUACAUCUUACCCAAGCACUGUGUUCAUUUAAUAGCACAUAGUGACCAAAGUAUUAAAAAGAACAAUAAUAACAUAAUAUAUAUUAAGCAACCAUCCCCAAUAAGCAAAAAAUAUAUAGCAAAUAAGCAAAACAACGAAACCAAUGAUAUUGGUGAAAUGUACAGAUACCUUAAGUUGGUUAUAGAGUAGUGGGAAAUCCCAACAUUUCAGCAAUAAGCCUUUAUCAAUGGAUGCCUAGGUAUAGACAUUUGGAUAAAUUUGUUUUGAUGUAUAUUAUGUUAUUAUUAUACUUUUGGAAUAUUUGGUCACUAUGUACUUAUUGCAGUAACGUAGAGCUUGGUUAAGAUGUACUAAUGUUUGAUAAGUGAUGCUCUAGAGCAGGGGUAAGUCAAUCAUAGUUACUCCAGAGGUUGUGGACUACAUCACCCACAAUGCUCUUACAUCCAUAAUUCUGGCAAAGCAUCAGGGGAGAUGUGGUCCACAACAUCUGGAGUGCCGAAGGUUGCCUAAUCCUGAUCUAGAAACUAACUAAUAUCCAAUAUGGCUGGGCAGAUCUCAUGGAUAGCAACCGGUUUGACCUACUCAACUCUAUUAGACUUUAACCAGGUUAUAAAUAUCCCCAACAGUAUGAUAUGGGAGCAAUCGCUUAACCUUGAUGAUGUAAGCUCAUUGAGCAGGGCCCACAACCCCUCUGUUCCUGUGCAUCCAUUUGUCUGGUUACAAUUACGUCUGUUAGUCCACCCAUUGUACAGUGCUACGGAAUCUGAUGGUGCUAUAUAAUGAAUAAAAUAAUAAUAAUAAGAAGAAGAAUAUUUGGGGGCCAACUCCCUGGUACCCAGUGUGUAUUAAACUACUCUGAGCAGUCUGACACAAAAAAUAGCAUACGAGCUAGCACUAAUGCACAAAACACAUUGGGCUAUUCCCUCACAGUGUGUUUCUCAUUUAAUACUCACUUGGUCAACCGAGUGCCUCCUGUCCAGCCCUCUCUUCAGAUUUUACUAGAGUGGAAGCCUCUAUAUUGUCCACUUAGCAUAGUGACAUCCAUUCUACCCAUCUUGUGAUGCUCGCAGCCAAUUAAUUUUUAUCAAAAUAAGGAGAAAAUUCCGAUUUAGUUAUAUAUGACAGGGCUAGACAGGAGGAAUUUGGAGGACCCAGUUAAGGUUCUAAUAUUUUCUAAAUAGUUUCACAACUUACAGGAGGUCACCUCAACCACUACAGAGCACUGCUUAGACUGUCCCUUUAAUAGAAAGUAUGUCUUGAGCCAAUAUUCAACAUUAAAGGACCACUCUAGGCACCCAGACCACUUCAGCUUAAUGAAGUGGUCUGGGUGCCAGGUCCAGCUAGGGUUAACCCAUUUUUUCAUAAACAUAGCAGUUUCAUAGAAACUGCUAUGUUUAUGAAUGGGUUAAGCCUUCCCCCUAAUCCUCUAGUGGCUGUCUCAUUGACAGCCACUAGAGGCGCUUGCGUGCUUCUCACUGUGAUUUUCACAGUGAGAGCAUGCAUGCAUCCAUAGGAAAGCAUUAUGAAUGCUUUCCUAUGUGACCGGCUGAAUAAGUGCGCAGCUCUUGCCGCACGUGCGCAUUCAGCCGACGGGGAGGAGAGAAGGAGGAUCGGAGGAGGAGAGCUCCCCGCCCAGCGCUGGAAAAAGUUACGUUUAACCCCUUUUCCCCCUUCUAGAGCCGGGCGGGAGGGGGUCCCUGAGGGUGGGGGCACCCUCAGGGCACUAUAGUGCCAGGAAAACAAGUAUGUUUUCCUGGCACUAUAGUGGUCCUUUAAGUUUUAGCCACUAAACAAAAAAAAAUUUGGACCAAAAUAGCCAAGUCUGGAAAAAGUCUUGAAAAUUACUAUUUUUCCAACUAAAAUUUUGAAAUCUUGUUUUCAAAUAACAAAAAAAUGUGGCCCAUGAGGUUUUCAUAGAUAGAUAAGACAGAAAAGGGGGUAACCCUUGAGUUAUAGAAUGGAAAAAGACGGAGAAAGUCUGUCCCUAAAUAGAAAAUCUAGAAAAAUACUUUAUUUAAUAAACAUUAAAAAGACAUUCCUCGGAUAAACUACCCAUAGCUCAAUGAUGUAGUAUAGUAUUAACUGACUGCUCCGAGAGGACAGACAGAAUAACCAACUCACCAAUGCUAUUGGUGUAUAUAAGAAGGAGGGAUAGAGGGAGUGGGAGUUAAACUAUGUAAUAAACUAACGUACAAUAAUAGAAAGAGAUAUUAAAAUGAUUGGUAGCAUUUACCAGAAUCUAAAAAUGCAACCCAGCUAAUAUAAAGGUGUUAUAAUAAUAAGAAAAAAGAGAAACAGAGUGCAGCCAGUGUGUACAUCGAUUCUGGGAUAGUAACGUUCUGUGGUGUAAAAUAGAAGAAAAUUGUACUGCGAUAAUGGUACUUGAUAGAAUCUAAAGUAAGUGUCAAAAAACUGGCUACAGAUUCACAAACCCAUUAAGUUGGUUGAUACAUAAGGGAGAAUGUAACAAAUCACACCAAUUCUGGUAUCAAAGGUCAUAAUAAUUAUAAGUAAACAUCAAGAAUGUAAUUACUACAAUGUUGCAUAAGUUUAGCGUCUGCACAAGUGUAGCCACUAGCUAAUUCCUUCCUUAAUAUGAGUGAUUAGAUUCCAUCAAGGGAAGGCAAUAGAUGACGUCCUAUGAGAAUGAUCUAAUAAAAAUUUAAGAUAAUAAGUAGGAGAUAUAAAAAGAGAAUGGUGCCUUCAUGGGUACCAGUUAUAGGAAAGAAAGAGUGUAUAUAAGAUAUAAGAAAUAUGUACAAAGAUACAGAGAAACAGAAAAUAUAAAAUAGCUGAGCAGCAUAAGUGCUGGUCUGAUCGAAAUAUAUCUUACCAGAAUACCCUGAUCGAUAUAUUAAAAUUAAAUAUAAAUGGCUAAAAAGCCGUCAGAGUGCCGAUCUUACUGAUGAACUCUGGAGGAGUUAAACAGUUAAGAUCGGAUAGGCGGUCUAAACCGCAGACCUGUUACCUGUUUGAGAGGUCGUGUGGGGUACACUAUGUCAAUCUCACACCACAGCCAAAAAAUCUAAUAUGUCCAAAGAUAUUAACAGGUAUAUCGGUCUCAUGUCAUUGGUGUAAAUCUAAUAUGAAGCCCGACCCGCGUUUCGCCUAAUUUUAAGGCUCAUCAGGGGAUGUCUUUUUAAUGUAUAUUAAAUAAAGUAUUUUUCUAGAUUUUCUAUUUAGGGACAGACUUUCUCCGUCUUUUUCCUUGUUUUCAAAUAAGUCGACCAAUUUUAUUUUUUUUCUUCAGUUUUUCCUAUUUCACCUAAAGUUUUAAUUCCUGGUAAAUUAACAUUUUAAAUGUUAAAAAUAUAACAAAUGUAAAAAUUAUCAAUAUAUAAAAAUAUUUUUCAAAAUAUUAAAUAACUUGAAAAGCUUAUCAAAAUCAUUAAACCAAGGCCGUAGCUUGGUAACAGACAUUUGUAAAUAAACCUGUUAGAACAAUUCUACAAUAACAUGAAUUGGUGAAUUAAUGCUGCGUCAACUUUUUUAUCAACCUUUUCUACAUUUUUCAUUUCAGACUGACAUUAUGGCUAAUUCAGUAAAAACAUUUGUGUUCAUGGACCUGGAAGCCACUGGCAUAAAUUACCAGCAUCCCAAAAUAACUGAGAUCUGCAUGGUGGCCUGUCAUGUCUCCUCCUUGGAGAAUCCAGACUUUGAUGAAUCCGGAAAACCAAAACUUCCUCGGGUCCUAGACAAGCUAUGUCUAUGUGUUGAUCCAACAAAGCCAUUGAAUGAAGAAGCUGCACAUAUCACGGGUCUCAAUAAUAAAAUGCUUGAGGACAACGAGAAGCAAGAAUUCAACUCUCAUCUCAUUUCCCUCAUCAAUGAAUUUUUGAAUCGUCAAGCUCAGCCAGUUUGCCUUGUAGCACACAAUGGCUUUUUCUAUGAUUUCCCUCUUCUGAAAACAGAGCUAGAACAACAACAGGAUGAUAUCUCCAGCUUGUUGACAUGUCUGGACACUCUUCCAGUGUUCAAACAGCUGGACAAGGAGAACGAUGAUGAUCAUAAAAAAGGGAAAGGCUAUUACUCUCUUUCAGGGCUCUAUAGACGUGCCUAUGGAAAGGAUCCAAUAGAUUCUCAUUAUGCCGAGGGAGAUGUAUUGACUCUCAUUAUGGUCUUCCUAUCAAAAGCAAACGAGAUACUGGACCAUGUGUCCACCUAUUCUAAGAAAUGGGGAGAUAUUCAUCCUAUGUAUAGCUAACCAUCCAAGCAUUCUCUUUCAGGGCUGGACAAAAGGUGAAUCCCUAUCUGUAGGUAGUUCUAAAACAGCUAGGGAUCCAACUUUUGGCAACCGCUUUUCCAGUUGUGUAAAGGAUAUUCUAAGCACCAUAACAACAUAUGACCAUGGCACAAAUUAAGGUACAAUUACCCCAUCCCUGCUUCCUGCACUUAGUUACUUAUAACUGUAGCAAUUUCCAAAACUUAAAUCUAUAAGCUGGUGAAAUCAGUGGUAUGAGUGCUGUGAGGUUUUUCAGCAGAGGUUUCUACCACAUAUCCCAUACAUUUGUGUAGUACAGGAGUGUAUGGGAUAAGAUAAUUCACCAGAGAGCAGAAUGAGAGCAUCCUGAUUGGUGGAAUCUCUGGUUUUGAAAUGGUUAUCUGUUGCGCUGGCUUGCCUGUGUUAAUACAGCAAAUGCAAGAAUUUAAAAAAAUAUUUUUUUAUUAUUAUUUUUGAAUGCAUUGCACAUUAUGUGUAUAAUGUAUUAAAAUGAGAAAUAGAGAUUACCUGUAGCUCGUAUUAUCCCUUUGUGUAAUGAUUGUCCCAUUUUUGUCCUUUUCUCUUUGUUAACUGAUCCGGUGAUUUAAAUAUAGACACUUUAAAGGUCCACUUCUAUUAUUUUAAAAAAGGGAUGCUUGUAUGUUAAACUAGGUUUUUUAGUAAACCAUCCAUUAAAUACUUAGGCAUUAUCUAUAAAGUUGCUAUAAUGUCUUGAUAGAGUGCAAUGACUUAUUAGUAAUAAAACUUUCUUUAGCUGGACAAACGUUCUUUAAAAGGAUCAAUGCAAAGAGUUCUUUCUUUGGUCCACUUGGCUUUAUAAAUAUAAAAAUUAUGACCCAACCAUUUCAAAGAUACAAAUUCCUACCUGCAAUUAGAAGGACAGGGGGUUAUACACAAAGUUCUUCAUAUCGCAAAACUCUUCAUAUCACUGGUCCUUUAAGGAACUCCCCAAACACUGUUUAGUGGUUAUGGUGCCAGGAGUCUCCCAGUGUAAAUAGACAAAUUGUUUGUUAAAGGUAUGACAACUUACUUGGGGUCUAUCGGGCACCUGUCACUUUCUCCAUUAAGAGCCAGAAGUUCCUACAUGGAACGUCCAAUAGUUCUUUUGAACCAAGUCUCAACAUGCAGGGUCAGCUCAUAGACGGAGAGAAUCAGCAGAUAACUCAACAGAGAGUAAACACUUCUGGUUCUCAAUGGAAGAAGUGUUUGGUGCCCAGAGAACCCAAAGUAAGUGUCAAACAUAAGUUGUCAAACUGAAAUAUUUAAUUAACUUUAAAUUAUCUAAUGUGUUGUAGAAUCUUGUUUUGUGAUAUGAAUAUUAUAAAGUCAUUAUUCAAACUUCUUUCAGACACAGGAUGUAACUAGUAUUGCAGACGUUCAUUGUUUAUGGAUGGUCACUACAUAUGGUUCAUGUUAAGAAUGAUGGAUGAAGGCCUGUUGAUAGUAACCUUUGACCUAGCUUUGCAAGCCAGACUCUCUGUGUAUUACCAAAGCUCACAUUUCUAAAGGCAUUUAACCAUGUAUAUAGAACUUUUGUGUAACUUCUAUUUUACCUCCUAAAUAUAACGUAUGGCUUUAAGUAUAGUUUUCGAAUGAUACUAAGCCACUAACCCUUUUUCUACGAUAGCCACUUAUUAUCAAGUAAGGCAACCUUAUGUAUACGCCCCUAUAUAACUGAAUUUUAAACCUAUAAAAACAAUUGUAGCUAAGAUUUUGUUACCAAUACUUUAACAUCAAAAAUGGAUACCAUCUUGAACUUUGCUCUGUAUUGGUCCACACAGAUGUGUGCAUUGACGUAUGUUAUUUUCGGAUGGUGUGUAUGUUUGAAUAAAUAUACAUUUUUGGCUGCAAGACACUCUGAUUCGAUUAUUAGAACACUGGGGUGUGACAAACAUCUCAAGAAAAGCUCAUUUCCUACAGUCAAACUUGUCAAUUUCCUUCCAAACGAUUUGAAUACACAUUGUGGGGAUGCCGGGCUCACCUGCCACCACAACCAUUCCAACGUGCUGUAGUGGUUAUGGUGCUUGUUGGAGGAGUGUUCCUUUAAUGGAGCAGCUUUUUAAUGAGCUUUGUGUUUUACAGCAGCAUAAUUUUAAUUUAGAGAGAUAUAAUAUAUAGUAGCAAUAUUCAUAGUAAUAUAAAUAAUGAAAAAUGUAUUUCUCUGUGCUUGAUGUUGACCAGAUGUUAAUAAAAAUCAGGCAGUUAUGUUUUGUGACAUCAUGCGUGUCUUUUAAAAAAGAAUUCUGACAUUCCACAUUCUUUAUCAUUUUCUCUUCUCUUUUUUUCUCAUAUUCAAAAACUGGCAAUUACAAUAUUUAUUCUGUAGAUCUAUUCACUAAAUGGCGAAUUGUGGUCAAUUGAAAGGCUACAAUAUUCAACCUGUGACUACCACUCAG